ACACAUAACACAUACAAUUCUGUACAAAAACACACUUAUCUAUAGGAUUUUUCACUUCAAUGCACUGACAGAGUAAACAUUAAUUAUAUUAUCAGUGUAUAUAAAUUAAAUAUCCACGUAUCGACAUAUCCACACAUAUAUACUUGACCUUUCAUAUAUAUACUACCAAGUCUAGCCAACUCAGCAACGAACACAAGAAUAACCUCCAAUCCAAAUCUCUUUUGUCAAUCAAGGGCAAUACGAGUGUCACAAGCCAUUUCUUAUAAACACUCGUCAAUAUUUGAAGUUUAUGCGUUCUGGCAGCCUCUCGCUUCCCGCAGAACCUACAGCAUAUUUAUGCUAGCUACUGGUUUCGCAGUUUAUUAUACGUACAUUUUUAAUAGAUUUUUCAACAUAGAUAGAGCUUGAGUCUAAGCUAUUGAGUUUUACUGAAUCCGAAUCAUAUAUUCUACAUCCGUGGACUCUGAGCGGACUAUCAAUGCACUACAGGGAGAUGUAAGAAGCACAUUACACAGAGACACAUCACACUGUACCAUUGUACACACACAUGUAUAAGAGUUUAACUUCAGUAAACUGACAAAUCGAGUAAAUUAUACAGUAAGUGUAUAUAAGUUAAGUUCUACUCUAUAUACAUAUAUCAUCACAAACAUAUAUGUCUGACCCUUCACAUUGUACAAAGUCUAGGACAAAUACCAAACAUCCUUUGUACCGUGGAAUACGACGUAGAAGUGGGAAAUGGGUGUCUGAAAUUAGAGAGCCACGUAAGACUACAAGGAUAUGGCUAGGUACAUACCCUACUCCACAAAUGGCUGCCGCUGCUUAUGAUGUUGCUGCCUUAGCUCUAAAGGGAAGUGAUAAUGUUGUGCUAAAUUUUCCUCACCAUGUCAAUUCAUAUCCAGAGCUCUCUUCCUCACCAUCUCCGGUGGAUAUACGACGCGCCGCGGCCGCGGCGGCGGAGGCGAUGGCCCUGCAGGGCGACGAUGAUUGGUCGACAGGAAACAGGAGUGGAGCUACGUGUGAUGAAGGAGGUUCAACUGAAUCCUCUUCGUCGGAAAAUUAUGCUAUGCAAAUAGGCAAUACGCAGAUGAUUAUGGGUGAGGAGGAAUUUGUUGAUGAGGAAGCACUGUUUGGUUUUCCAAGUUUGCUUGUUAAUAUGGCGGAUGCAAUGAUGCUUAGUCCCCCAAGAAUAAACUCCUCAUACUUUGAAGAUUAUUCAGCAGGAGACUUUGAUGUUGAAAGUCUUUGGAGCUAUUAACGAUCAGCGACGAAUCUAAAGUUUAGAGUUAAUUAAUGAGUCUUACAAUGAGUGUAAUUUUAUUCAACGCACAAGUAAUUUUUUCAAAUAAGAAAAACAUUAAUAGUAGUGACAUAA